GCCUCUCGCCUAACGACCGCUGGACACAGGACACUGGAAUACGCUUUGAUCCGUCGUCUCUGCAUGCCGAUGUCCUGCUGGAAGUAAUGAUGCUGCGUUCCAAGAGAGACGCUGUGUGGACCACGAGCCCUGCAGACCUGCAUUUGUUGACGAACCAUCCCUCGGCUGGUUGGCCCGGUCCACACGCCACGGUGUACUACGAGGAGCCUGUUCCCCGGCCGGUUUACAGGGUCGUGGACUGUCCCGCCGUGUUGGCGCCACCUCACUCGCUGAUACAGCCGGUAACACCUCCAUGCUACUUUUGGGAACAUUCGAACGCAAAGGAGAGCCGGAAGCUCCUGCUGCGCAGGUCAAUUCUAGAGUUGGUGAACGUUCAUCACUACCUGGCUUUGACGGACACGGAGCUGCUGCGCUGGUAUCUCAGUCUGUCGGCGGAGGACAGGAGCAUCAUACUGGAUGAGGGAGGCCUUCACUACUUCCUACAGAAUCAUCCUGGGUUGGAGUUUUCUCAGGGUCAUGUUUAUUUGAAGCAAGCGUCUCUGCAGAUGUUGAAGAUGCUUCCAGGUGRCACGAGGGAGAACUUACCCCAGACCAGCUUUUCUAACRGUGUGACAAAAUCUCAAAAUCAGCUGUGUGAGGAGGCCCGUGACAAUGCCGUGGUCCACCAGAUGGCCCACAGCCUCCCAUUCACACACAUACUGAACCAGCACAAGGGUUCAUCAGUGUCUGAGGUGAGCAGCCGCAUCAUCGGUGCAGCUGUGCCUGUCAACAUGUACAUAGAAAGAGCCAGAGAUAGAGAUGGAAGAAAGCCUGAGGACUCGGCAGCAGGCAGCCAGAGGGCUUCCUCCACCAUCCAGGCACAUUCAGAGUGUCCAGUGGAAAACAGCGGGCCCUCACAGCAGCCAACAGUGGACGCCACGAAGCUCGCACAGCGUUCAGAGGGGGGCACCAGCCACACAGCGCAGAUCCAGCAGGCUCCUCCUUCUACAGGAGAAAACAUUGUGCUUGGUGGCAAGAAAACGGCAGUCAGUCACGUGGAGAUCAGACCGAGCUGUGAAGAUGAAAGGAGUCAGUUCAACUUCCCCAUCAAGGAUGAUAGGGGUAUCCUGGGGUGCUUGGCAGGCAACGGUGUGGCACUGCAGAGUGCUGGGGCUUCAAUCCAGCUGUGCGACCCUCCAGCAGCCAACAGGCUGACGAGCACCGCAGAGAAGUUUACCCUCACUGCUCCCUGCGCACCCAGCUGUGACGCUGCAGUGAACACUGAGGUAGAGAGCUGGACAGCAAAGCAGACCCAAACUGAAGGUCCAAACACAUCCGAACAUAACGUCAUGACUGAGCUCCAUAUGUCCGAUCUGGACUACCUGGCUGACGAGUUGUUCAAACUCCACAUGAUUCAAGAACGCAAAGAGCCAAAGAAGAAGAGCAAAAGCCCUGGCAGUGUGUCGGCUGCUCCUAGAAUGGACUGCGGCUGUAAGCAGCGCGCCCAGCAAGCAGAGCUGACCCUGCUCACCCUGCACUAUGAGCUGUGCAGGCAGCACGUCUGGAGGCUCUACUACACGUCCGCUGAGGGACACCUGUCCACGGCAAUAGCUGAAGACCUGCCACCAAAUGUUGUGAAGAUCCUGCAGAAGUUGGAAACUGACUAUAACCUGAUGAAGCACCAGAUCCUGACGGGGGUUCCUCUGGGGCAGCUGAGUCCUCUGUGUGUGGAGUCUGAGAAGAUCACGGCAGGGGCAUGUUACGUCCCUGAACAGAUCCUUGGUGACCUGCAGGAAAAGACUCCUUCUUGUUCCACCCUGGGGACACAGAAGCAUGUAGGAGCUGGAGAAGGCGGAGGUCCUGACAGGGACAGACAGAGCUGCCAGGAAGAGGAAGAGGAUAAGAGAGCUGCAGCUCUUGUACCCAAAGAGCGAUUGGUUAAGCAAAUGGGCAUUGAGGAGGUGAACUUUAGUGAGGCGUGGUACGAUGCUCAGGAGGACCUGCAGUUGCCAGCACCAGCAGUAGACACGGCUGACAAUGCAGAAUCAGUCAGUGGUGAGAGCAGCAGCUCAGUGCUGUAUGUAUCCAACCUGCCUGGUCAUGUGACACAGAGUGACGUGAGGCAGUUGUUUGAGAAUUUCCAGCCGUCAGAAGUCAUCGUCUUCCCCUCAAAGAACGGCGUGAGAGUUGCCAUAGUGAUGGUGGAUGGCCCAGAGACGGCUAAAGCUGCAGUCAAAGAGCUCAAUGGUCACCGACUGCACAGCCAUAUCAUACACAUCAGGCACCUGAGUGGAGCCACUGCUGGGGGCCACACACCUCUCUCCACCUUGGGCUCCACGGUCCCACAGGAUCCUGACACCAACUGGAGGCUCACUGAGAAAAAGCCGGUAAACCCAGCGGUCCUCAGCUCCAGCAUCCAAACCAGGAAGGUGGUGAGCAUCUUUCCCACCGCUAAGGGAACCUGCGUACCUCAGCACUUCGGCACCAUGGGCGGCCUGGACGCGCUGAUGGCCGAGCUCACCCAGCUCCACCCCCAUGUCGACCGCCAGACAAUCCUGGAUGCUCUGCUGGAGCUGAAGACCACACACCAGGGGGUCCUGGCCAGCCUGCCCCUCAGCACCAUCAGAGACAUGACCUCUGACCUGCUGACCAAAUCGCCUACUGCCACACAGAACUAAGUGGAAAAGACUUUGCACCUCAGUUCAAGUUGUAUUUACUUCCAAAUUAGCAGCAAUUCUCCAUUUUUAUUUGAAGUUUGUAAAAAAAAAAAGAUCUACGAUCGUUCAUGAGAAAUGCUGCGUCUUCAUUUUCUGUUGGGUUGCUUUUCUUCAGCAGUUAGAUGGAUGUUUGGAUCUAAUGUUUAGAUGUUUGUUCUUAUAAAAAGCUCACCCAUUAAACAAUAUUCUGUCUGAA